AUGAAAUGUGUAGCAUUACAAGAGGUUAGAUUAGAGGACGCGAGUACAACAAAGAUAUCACAAACGGAAAGGGUGAACGAGAUCACAAAACUAGGGACUGGUUUUGCCAUACAUGAGUCGAUCAUACAUAUGAUUAAAGAGUUCAAAGAUGUAAAUCCAAGAAUCUCAACAUUAACCCUGAAGGAUAAAAAUCUUCACAUUGUGUUAAUCAACGUACAUGCGCCGAUGGAGGAAAAAUUUGAGGAAAUAAAAGAAGAGUUCUAUGAUACAUUAGAGGAGGUAUUUGAUACUACAGUGGGAAAUAUUAAAAUUGUACUGGGCAAUCUAAAUGCUAAAAUAAGAAAAGAAAGGAUAUACUAUAACGUGGCAGAAAAGCAUAACCUCCACGAGCACUCGAACGAUAAUAGCUCUAGACUAGCAAAUUUUGCAUCAGGAAAAGGUUUAAUAAUCAAGAGUACAAUGCUCCCAUGCAAAGAUAUAUAUAAAUAUACUUGGGUGUCUCCGGAUGGGAGGCACAAGAACCAGAUUGAUCAUGUACUGAUUAACAACAGGUUCAAAAAUAGUAUAACUAAUGUAAGGACAUUAAGAGGAGCCGACGCAGACUCCGAUCAUUUUCUAAAAUUAGAGGAAGUUAAUAUACAGAAAGAUUAUGGCAGAAAAAUCUGCGAAACUCUCAAAGUACAACAAAUAACAAAUACAGACGAUGUGAAUAAUGUAUGGAUCAAAAUUAGAAACACUGUACAACAGACAGCAAAAACAACAAUAGGAAUAAUGGAAAAGAGGAAAAAACCCUGGUUUAACCUAUGCGAAGACGCAGUACAGAGGAGAAAGAUAGCCAGGGUGGAAUGGAUGAAGGACACUAACAACAAAGAGAGGACUGCAGAUUUCAGAUGCUAA